UGAAGCCAAACAGCUCCGCCUCCGCCAUGGCCAUGGCCACCUUCGCUGCCACUCCCGCGCUCCUCUCCACCCCGCCCCUCAACCCCCCAGCCCCUCCAGUCCGGCCGCACCCGCCCCGCGCCUCUCCCCGCCUCCGCCUCCGCCUCCGAAUCCCGCGCCGCCGCCCCGUCACCGCCCCCGCAGCCGCCCACGCCGCCAGCUCCCUCUCCUCCGCCCGCGGCGACCCGCGCGAGGCGGAGGCGGCGGUGGCCGAGCUGCUGCGGGACCACGGCGCGUCGCCGGAGGACGCGGCCGCCAUCGCGGCGCGCGCGCCGGGGUACGCCGCCAUGCUGGCCGACGGCGUCAGGGAGCUGGACGAGCUCGGGCUCUGGGCGUCCUGGAGCGCCGGGGCGGGCGCGCGCGCCGGCGCCGAGAUGGGCGCGCUCGGGUUCGGCAGGAAGGUGUACUUCAUGGGGCGGAGCCGGCGCGACGGCGCCGUCGUCCCGCUCGUCGAGAGCCUCGGCGUGCGCCUCUCCUCCGCCAAGCUCAUUGCGCCCUACGUCGCCGCCGAGGGCCUCCCCGUGCUCAUCCGCAGGGCUAAGUUCUUGAAGGAAAUGCUGUUUUCAAGCAGUGGCUAUGAAACUCUAAUCGGACGGAAUGCUAAGCGCAUGAUGGCGCACUUGUCAAUACCCGCAGAUGAGGCACUCCAGAGUACGCUGUCAUUUUUUGAAAAAAUGGAGGCCAGACAUGGUGGUCUGAGCAUGUUGGCACAUGGGGAUGUGUCAUUUCCAUAUCUCAUCGAAUCAUUUCCAAUGCUUCUUCGAUGCUCAGAGGAGAAUCAUCUUAAGCCAUUAAUUGAUUUCCUCAAACACAUUGGAAUUCCCAAGCCAAGGAUUCCAUCAGUUCUGCUGGCAUUUCCUCCUAUUAUGCUUUCUGACGUCGAAAAGGAUAUCAAGCGAAGGAUUCAUGCCUGGGAGAAGGCUGGCAUAGAACAAGAAUAUAUUGGUCGGAUGUUGUUGAAGUAUCCAUGGAUUCUUUCAGCAAGUGUGAUAGAAAACUACAAGCAGGCGCUUUUGUUCUUCAACAGAAGAAAGAUUUCCAGUGCAUUUCUUGGUACCGCUGUCAAAAGUUGGCCUCACAUUCUGGGUUGUUCAACAACAAGAAUGAACUCAAUUCUGGUGCUGUUUGAUGAUCUGGGCAUCAGUAAGAAAAUGGUAGUUCCUGUUCUUACAUCAAGUCCACAGUUGCUGCUGAGAAAAGCUAACGAGUUUUUGCAGGUUGUUUCCUUUUUUGAAGAUAUGGGUUUCGAUAAGAAAGCAGUGGGAAAGAUUGUCUGUCGUUCUCCAGAAAUUUUUGCUUCAGAUGUGGAGAAUACCCUCAAAAAGAAAAUCGACUUUCUUAUUGACUUUGGUAUUUCCGAGCGUCACCUUCCUCGUAUCAUUAAGAAGUACCCAGAGCUUUUAUUGUUGGACAUAAAUCGCACACUGCUCCCCAGAAUGAAUUACUUUCUGGGGAAGGGCUUGUCUAAGAAAGAUGUCUGCUCAAUGAUCUCUAGAUUCUCCCCACUUCUGGGGUACAGUAUUGAGCAUGUUCUGAAACCAAAGCUUGAUUUUCUAUUGCAAACCAUGAAGAAACCACUUAAAGCGGUUGUGGAAUAUCCAAGGUACUUCAGCUAUUCUCUUGAGGGGAGGAUAAAGCCACGGUUUUGGAUAAUAAAGAGUAGAAACAUAGACUGCAGUCUGACAGACAUGCUUGCCAAAAACAAUGAGCUUUUUGCUGAAGAGUACCUUGGAAUAGAAACAUGACCUGUGGCUCCUCUACAGUCAAGCAAAAGUGGUUAAUUUCUAGACUUGAAACAAGAGCGGACUAUGUUACUGUGUCUGAUUAUACAGCUUUAUGAUUCCAUCUGGAUCCGGGAAGCUGUCUUACAGAUGGGAAGCCACUUCUCGAGUCUUCAACAUUCAGAAGGUCUUAUAUGAUAAAGUCUGGUUUGCAACUUGAGAAAAAAGGAAGUAUGCUCUCUAACUUUGCAUGAAUAGUUGAAUACCAGCACGAAUUAUUGGAUGGCCACGGCACCAUUCUUUCUCUGGGAAAUUUUUGGACCUUGUCCGUUGGGAUAUCCCCUUGAGACCAGUUGAGGAACUGAAGGCCAAACCCGACACCAUUGACGACAGAGACCAACUGUUGAAAUAUUACCUCUGUUUCUAUACAUACAUAUGUGAAGCUGCACUUGCUUGUAUCAGCAAGAGCGCUGGGUCAGCAGCAAAGCCCAACUCUUGUGCUUGGCAUCUGGAGGAAGGUUCUCACAUCUGGUGCGUCGCCAACCGACAGGAGCAGGAACUCUGCUCUGUUGGUGCAGUGGAUUGGUAUGCGCUUCUCGUUGAGGCAUAGGAAGCAGGAAGAGGCGAAGGUUGCAAGGUCGGUUUCGCCGCGGAUGCCUUUUUUGUUGUUGUUGUUGCAACAGUUUUACCCUUUUGUACUCACUGUAUACAUGGACGUGCUGUAAUUGGAUUUGUGAUAGUAAAGAGUUGUAGAUUUCACUGGAUCUGCCUGCUGUAUGCUGUUAUAUAGCUUGUGCAUCACCAAACUUUCGUCGAGUACAUAAUUAAUAUAUGCAACUGAACUGAGAUGA